AAGGUGCUCCAAGCAAACCUCCAGCACAGCGUGGCCGCUACGGCCCAACUGAGACGCUGUCUGGAAGGUUUGCCAACAGCCGUUGCCCUCCUGCAAGAACCUUGGACGGGCAGCGGACACAUACGAGGGCUCUCCAACACCAAAGGCUGUCGCGACCUAGUCCUCGUCUCGGCUUACAUGCCCGGAGAGGACGAGCCACCGCCACUCGAACUACAACGACUGGUCAGCCACUGCGAGAGAACAGGCCUCGCAAUCAUCAUCGGGGCCGACUCUAACGCGCAUCACCCUUUGUGGGGUAUGGAGACCAGUAACAACAGAGGUGCUACGGACAGUCCCCUGUGCCGAGGGUGCAUGGAGACAGAGGAAACAGCUGCUCACGUGGUGCUGGAGUGCAUCGGGGUGGCUCCAUACAGGGCAAAAUAUCUCGGAUCUCCGAGAGACCUCCCCGAGGUCCUACUCAACAUCAAGGGUCUGGUAGGAUUUCUCGAGGAGUUGGGAUGGCAGGACUAGCCAACCCCUCCCUCUUAUCACGCAAAAUAGGCGCUAGACGUCGAGUUGCGGAAAAUCGCCCGUUCUACAAUACAAU